AUGAUGCACGUCAUCAGGCCGCUCUUCCUGGCUAGUUUGGUUGCUGGUCACGGCCAUAUCACGAACAUUGUCAUUAAUGGAGUUUCAUACGAGGGAUGGGAUAUUGACACAUUUCCUUAUGAAUCCGACCCUCCGACCGUGGUAGCGUGGGGUACACCAAACACUGGAAAUGGCUUCAUCUCCCCUGAUGCAUACGGCACAUCUGAUAUCAUCUGCCAUGAGAACGCCACAAAUGCCAAGGGCUAUGCAACGAUCGCAGCUGGAGACAAGGUCAAUCUCCAGUGGACCGCCUGGCCUGACUCUCACCACGGACCAGUCAUCACCUAUCUCGCCAAUUGCGGAGACUCGUGUGAGACUGUUGACAAAACAACCCUCGAAUUCUUCAAGAUCAGUGGAGUGGGUCUGGUCAGCGACACGGAUGUUCCUGGUACCUGGGGUGAUGACCAGUUGAUCGCCAACAACAACAGCUGGCUGGUUGAGAUCCCGCCAACCAUUGAAGCCGGCUACUAUGUGCUGAGAAAUGAGAUCAUUGCGCUUCACAGUGCGGAGGAGUCCGAUGGUGCCCAAAAUUACCCCCAAUGUUUCAACUUGCACGUUACCGGUUCUGGAACGGAAAACCCAACCGGUGUUCUGGGAACGAAGUUGUAUAGCUCCACCGAUGCCGGGAUUCUGGUCAACAUUUACUCAUCUCUGUCCACCUAUGAUGUUCCAGGGCCUACUCUCUACAGUGGUGCUGUCUCGGUCACGCAGGCUACUUCCGUCAUCACUUCAACUGGCACUGCCACGACAGCGUCAGGCGAUAGUGCUCAGACUACAAGCUCGACUGCUGCUGCUGCUACUGUUGCUGUUGCCACAAGCGCAUCCACUUCCACAAGUACAAGCACACCCAUCGCUGUGCCAACCACGGUCUCCUCCAGCACCGAGGUAUCGGAAUUCCAGACAGCGACUGCUAUCCAACAGGAAUCCACUAGCUCGAGCCCAGCGCUUACCACUGCUCCCGCUAGCACCAUCACUACAGCGCCUAGCAGUGCUAGCGACGCAGCUGCUGGUGGCUCAGUACAAUCCUUAUACGGUCAGUGUGGAGGUAUAAACUGGACGGGUGCUACUGCAUGCACCACCCAGGCUGUCUGCAGUUCGAUGAAUCCUUAUUAUUACCAGUGUGUCGCAAGUGCUGCCUAA